CUCAUCACGUAAACUUGCAAAAUGCAAUUUAAACUUGACAUACAGAAGGGUUAGAUAAAAAUUAGAUUUUGUGUAAUAAAAUUUAUCUUCCACAUAGAUCAAAGAAUAAAGGACCGUCGGUUGUUAAUUUAUUAAAUAAUUUCGCUCUUUUUGUUGUGAACUGUUGUUGUGAAAAGGUUCUGUAUCGUUCGUUGACUUAGGGCUUUCAGCUUUUGCUUGACAAUUGAACAUAAUGGACAGGGUAAAAAUUUUUAGUUUCAACUUUAAUUUCUUUUAUCCUAUUCCACUGGCUAUAAGUUUGCUACUCUUAAGACGUCUUCUUGAAAAAUUAUGUUAUGAACCAGUUGGUGUUAAAUUAGGCAUAAAACAACCGAUAGAUUUAAAAAAAGACAUAUAUCCCAAAAAAACAGCAACCAUCUCCGAUUGGAUGUCAACUAGUCAUGUUUAUAAUCUCAGUAAAUAUUUGGAUUUUUCUUCUGAAAAUUUCUACAGACAAAAAUCACUGAAGACCAAUAAGUUGGAAAAAUUUUGUAAAAGCUGUUGGAAUCAUACAUUUUAUACUUAUUGUGUUAUCCAUGGCAUGAAGAUAUUAUGGGAUAAGUCCUGGUUUUGGGAUAUCAGUGAAUGCUGGGCUGAUUUUCCUCAACAAGACAUUACCAACGAGAUAUGGCUAUAUUAUGUGGUUAAUCUGGCCUUCUAUUGGUCGCUGUUGAUCACUAUCGUUCUUGGUGUAAGACGAAAGGAUUUCCACGAGAAUCUAGUUCAUCACAGUGUUGCCAUACUACUAAUAUACAUCUCCUUAACCUUAAAUGCUUUCAGGAUUGGAACUAUUAUUUUAGUUGUGUUAAGUGUUAGUGAUAUUUUUCUAGAGAGUGCCAAAAUAGCUAAAUACUUAAACCGGGUGGAUAUCUGUAACAUAUGCUUUGGACUGUUUACUGUUGCAUGGAUUGCUUCGAGAUUGGUUGUCUUUCCUUUUUGGAUACUACGUAACACACUAUUUGACGUCCCAAAGCUAUUAUCGAGAUCCUUGGCCUACUAUAUACUGAAUAGUUUAUUACUUUCAUUGUCGAUAUUAAACAUUUUCUGGUCAGUGAUGAUCUUUAGGGCCCUGUGUAAAGCAUUGAAUAAAGGUGAGCUAGAGGAUUCGCGGUCAGACUCUGAAGGCGAUAGCUGAAUAUUAUUUAGUAUUGUAGAAUAAUAUUGGUAGUGUAUACUGUACGUUUUAAUAAAAA